GCACGAGAGCCCGCGGCCGGCGCCUCCCGACGCGCCUCCAGAGCUCACCUACAGGCUGCUGCGCAAGAAUUUCCCUGAGCACGAGUUCGAGCUGCUGGUGCGCACCCUGGAGGAGGCGGGCUUCUCCCCGGCGCAGAACGCCGAGCCCCCCCCGGCGCUGAUCUGGGUGGGCCCCGCGACCCGGCCCUCCGCGGGCAUCGGGCCGCGCACACGCGUCAACCGCUUCGGGGGCCGCUGCGCGCUCACCCACAAGCACGAGUUCCUGCGGACUCUGCGUCGUUCCUGCUCCCAGAGGAGGCUCUGGAGCUCCGGCGGCGCCUGUCGAGCGGGGGCCGCUGGGUGGUUAAGCCGCUGCGGUCUGGCUGCGGGAGGGGCGUGCGCUUCACUGCCGAUCCCCUGGGCUCGGCCGAGGGCCCCUGCGUGGUGA